AUGCAGCACUACAAUCACACGAAAAUUGUGAUCCGCGUGUUGGGGGCUGGGCAGACAGUGGGUCGCUCCUGCGUAAUCGUGGAGCUAGAGAACCGACGAGUGAUGUUCGACUGUGGUUCACAUCUCGGGUAUAAAGACGAAAGGAAGUAUCCAAAUUUCAACAUACUCGUUAGCAAUGACCCAUACGCAGUAGAGAGAGAAAAGGGGAUGGGUGAAGCAAACAUAUACGAACACAAUCUAAACACAGAGGUGAAUAUAACCAUAGUGAAUAGCAGCAUUUCUGAAAAGGAAAAAUUAAUAAAAAACUUAAGUAGAAUAAAUGAAAUAAUUGACUGUGUAAUUAUAAGUCAUUUUCACAUGGAUCAUAUAGGAGCAUUACCCUUUUUCACAGAGAUAUUAAAAUACAGAGGUACGAUAAUUAUGAGUUAUCCAACGAAGGCUUUAAGUCCAACAUUAUUGCUGGAUGGAUGUCGAGUAGCAGACAUAAAAUGGGAAAAACAAAACUUUGAGAGACAAAUCAAACUAUUAAACGAAAAAUCAGAUGAGUUGUUAAAUUAUAACAUUAGUAGCUUGAAGAAGGACCCAUGGAAUAUUAGUGAAGAUCAUAUUUACUCCUGUAUAGGGAAAGUGGUAGGGUUGCAAAUAAAUGAGACAUUCGAAAUGGGAAAUAUGUCAAUCACGCCAUACUAUGCAGGACAUGUGCUAGGUGCAUGUAUAUUUAAAAUAGAGGUAAACAAUUUUAGUGUUAUCUAUACAGGUGAUUAUAACACGGUUCCAGAUAAACACCUUGGGAGCACUAAGAUUCCGUCGCUUACUCCGGAGAUCUUCAUUUCUGAGUCUACCUAUGCUACUUAUGUGAGACCAACAAGAAAGGCAUCCGAAUUGGAUCUGUGUAACUUAGUACACGAAUGUGUGCAUAAAGGAGGGAAAGUCCUGAUCCCCGUGUUUGCUAUCGGAAGAGCACAAGAAUUGUCAAUACUGUUAGACUCCUACUGGAGAAAAAUGAAAAUCAAUUACCCCAUUUAUUUUGGAUGUGGAUUAACAGAAAAUGCAAAUAAAUAUUACCGGAUUUAUUCCUCAUGGGUUAAUAGUAGUUGUGUUUCUACAGAUAAAAAGAACCUCUUCGAUUUUGCCAAUAUUUCUCCAUUUGUGAACAACUACUUAGGUGAAAAUCGACCCAUGGUUCUGUUUGCCACUCCAGGGAUGCUACACACUGGGUUAUCUCUAAAAGCUUUUAAAGCAUGGGCAGGGUCAAGUAAAAAUUUAAUUGUCCUUCCAGGAUACUGUGUACAAGGUACUGUGGGUCAUAAGCUAAUUAUGGGGGAAAGGAAGAUAUCAUUUGAUGGAAACUCCUAUAUGAAUAUUGCUUGCAAAAUUAUUUACCUUUCCUUUUCUGCGCAUGCUGAUUCGAAUGGUAUUCAACAGCUUAUAAGACACGUACUGCCACAGAACGUCCUUUUUGUUCAUGGAGAAAAAAACGGUAUGGAAAAAUUGUCAAAGCAUAUAUCGUCUCACUAUUUAAUUAACUCCUUGUGUCCUUCCUUGGGUCAGCAUUGCGAGUUCAAUUUUUCGAAGAGUAAUAUGAAGCACGUUUAUGUGCAGGAUGCUCUUUAUGCAGAUAUUCUUCGUAACUUAAAUGAGCAAAAGGAGAAAAAAUUUCUUCUUUCUACCAAUAAGGUAAGUGGUCUCUACCGGAGUGACGCCACUAAAUUGGCAUCUCGGGAUGGAAGCUACUCCGUUUCUUUCUCAGCUUAUGUUGUGUACUUUACCAUUCACCAAGUAACCAUGCCACUAAUCAACCUGCGCUUCAGGGAAAACAUCACCAUAAGCUAUCACAGAUUUUACAAUUUUGUAAUUUCCUUUUUUAAAGAAAUUGUGGACACGAAGAAUAGGAACAGCAUCCGUUUUUUGGGCGAAGGGGUAAUUAUAAAAAAUGUGAAGGAGGGGGAUGGGUAUUUUUUCCUCCUGUCGUUUUUGUCUCUACGGGCCAUUCACGAUGGAGGGAGUAACUUGCUCGUCCAAUGGUCCUACGUGGACGACGCACCCGAGUCGGCCAUUCAGAAGUUCAUAAGUGCGAUAAGGGAGUACGUCGCGGGGGGGGAAGUAGAACCCUCGCAACUGGAAGGGGGAAGAAAUGGGUAA